CUUGCAUCUUAGCACACUCAAGUGUCACAAACUUCCAGCCCCCAUUAUGAGUUAAAUAAACACUAACGUGAUGCUUUAUUAAAUUAGUCGUAUAGCUGACAGAGUAGAUGGCCUGCUUUUCUGAAGGGGCGUGUUCUUACUAUCUCGACAGAAAGCUCCGCUCCGCUCCGCUCUGCCUGUGUAUCUGGCGAGCUACUAACUAUCUACCCAGGCAGCGACGGUUGUAGUAGUCGAAGCUGAAAAUAGCCAGCUAGCUUUGCUGCUCCCGUCUAAUCCAACUGAGAGUCGAUCAGAAGUUAAAAUGCUGAAAAUUAAUCCAAAUUCAUGAGUGCGCAGAAGACAUUUGCAGGAGGAAAUUAUGGAACACUGAGAGACGAGGGACAUUUUAUCUGCGAAUUUUUACCGGCUUUUCGGCCAAGCCGCCAGCUUAAACAGCCUUCGCAAAAAGAUUCUGCUUCUCUACGGAAGUUGUGGUCGGAAAAUACGGUCAAGGUACAAGGGGCUGCGUGGUGUGAGUGCCCAUGAGAAAACCACGACGGAGGGUAGGCCUGCCCGGAGGCCAAAGUGAUGCCGCGGACACGGGUACAUCAGGUAUGGGGGCAUCACAGCCACGCUCACCCUCUCCCUACCGGCUGAAAGUUUCACCCACCAGAGAAACCCUAACGUACGCCCAGGCUCAGAAAAUUGUGGAAGUGGACCUGGAUGGAAGGCUGCAUCGGAUCAGCAUCUUUGACCCCUUGAUUGUGAUCACUGAAGAUGAGAUGACAGCUCAGGACAUUGCAGAGUGCAACAGCAACAAAGAAAACAGUGAGCAAACAUCAGUGACCGCCGUUGUCAGCUCGCCGCGCCGAUCGACGGCCCACAGGGGUAAAAAGAAAGAUGUGAAACAGUUGUCGUCGUCUUCAUCACAAAACCACUGCUCCAACUCUCACGGACAAUCUCAGACGCAGUCAAGUGCGAACAGCCACCACAGUGCUUUACCCAAGCCUACUUUCAGAGAACAGGAGUCUUAUGAACCGGUCGAGGCACCUCCUCGCCCUUCAGCAUACUACCGCUAUAUUGAGAAGUCCGGUGAAGAGCUGGACACGGAUGCAGAGUAUGACAUGGACGAGGAGGACAUGGCCUGGUUGGAGCUGGUGAAUGAUAGACGAGCAUCAGAAGGCCAGCCGCAAGUAUCACCUGACACUUUCGAACUCCUGAUAGACCGUCUGGAAAAGGAGUCAUUCUUGGAGUCACGAAGCCAAGCGCCCUCGCAGAGCAUCAUUGACGAAGAUGCCUUCUGCUGCGUCUGUCUUGAUGACGAAUGUCUCAACAGUAACGUCAUCCUGUUCUGUGACAUCUGCAACCUGGCUGUGCACCAGGAGUGUUACGGAGUUCCCUACAUACCAGAGGGCCAGUGGCUCUGCCGCUGUUGCCUGCAAUCGCCCUCUCGGCCUGUGGACUGCGUGCUUUGCCCGAACCGAGGCGGAGCAUUUAAACAGACCAGCGACGGACGAUGGGCACAUGUGGUCUGUGCUAUUUGGAUCCCUGAGGUGUGUUUUGCCAAUACGGUCUUCCUUGAGCCCAUUGAGGGCGUGGACAACAUUCCACCAGCUAGGUGGAAGCUAACGUGCUACCUGUGCAAGCAGAAAGGUUGCGGAGCGUCCAUCCAGUGCCACAAGGCCAACUGUUACACGGCCUUCCACGUGACCUGUGCGCAGAGGGCGGGACUCUUUAUGAAAAUAGAGCCAGUCCGAGAGACUACUGUGAAUGGGACUACGUUUUCGGUGAAAAAGACUGCGUUUUGUGAGGCGCACUCGCCGCCCGUGAAGGACGGGUCGGAUGAUGAAGAAACCGGGGGGAGGGUUUUGGGGUGUAGGGCUAAUAGGGGUCGCAGUGCCUACACGCAGACGCCACAGCUGAAGAAGCAGAGACGAAGCAAUAAACUGGAUUCUAAGCAGCAGCAGAAGAAAGGAAAGAAGGAAGAGGUGUCCAAAAAAGUUGCAACACCGCUGGUCACUGUCCCAGAAAUACCGACUCACAGAUUGAACAAAAUUUCUAAAGAUGUGAUCAUACAGAAGAAGAAUCAGUUCAUGCAGAGACUUCACAACUAUUGGUUACUUAAGCGUCAGUCACGCAACGGAGUGCCUCUCAUUCGUCGUUUACAUUCGCAUCUGCAGGGCCAGAGGAGUGCAGAACAGGCGGAGCCAGAUGAAAAGCUGAAUGCUGUGAGAGAAGAGCUGAAAUACUGGCAGAAACUUCGUCAUGAUUUAGAGAGAGCGCGACUUCUGAUUGAGCUCAUCCGCAAGAGAGAGAAACUAAAGAGAGAGCAGGUGAAGAUUCACCAGGCUGUGACUGAGCAUAAGUUAACUCCGGUCCUGGUACUGCUGCGGUCCACUUUAGACCAACUUCAGGAGAAAGAUACUGCAAACAUAUUUGCACAGCCUGUCAACUUGAAAGAGGUCCCAGAUUACCUGGAGUUCAUCACGCACCCCAUGGACUUCUCCACCAUAAAAUCCAAAUUGGAAGCUCACAAAUAUCGCUCUGUUGCUGACCUGGAGGCUGAUUUCAACCUCAUGAUCUCCAACUGCCUACUUUACAAUGCUAAAGACACUGUGUUUUACCAAGCUGCAUUACGUCUGAGGGACUUAGGGGGCGCUAUCCUGAGGCAUGCUCAGAGACAAGCCCAGAAUACAGGCUUUGACCUGGACACGGGAAUGCACCUGGCAGAAUCGCCACACAAAAAUGACUACUACCGCUGCACUUUGGAAGAUGUCGACACGCUGCUAGACCCUGAUAAUCGAUUGCAUAUGACGACGGAAAACCAGUUGAGGGAGCUGCUAGAUAAAUUAGACGUGGUGACGUCGAUGCGCUCGAGUGGCGCACGCACACGCCGCAUCCGCCUGCUGCGACGAGAAAUCAACAACGUCCGCUAUAAGCAGCACUCGCGGAACUCGCACAUGCUCAAUGGGGACCUCAAAGAGGAAGAUGAGGAGGAGGAUGAAGACAAAGAGAUGGAUGGUGAACAUAACCUGUCUUCGUCGUCAUCAGAUAAAGAUGACUGUAAAUCAACUCCGCCACCAACGCUGGAGCCCACAGGCCUGGCUUUGUCCCCUCCACCAGCAGAUACACCCCAAGAACCACCGACCCUCCGACCCAUGACAUCUGACCCCAGGACCUCCCCAUGCCCACCCAAGCGCCUCAAACUCAACAGUGAGAGCCAAGAGGCCGAUACAGACACCGCACCUGUGAUCAGCUGCACCAGACCCGAUGACCGCCCGCCCGCUGAGAACAAACUGAUCAACGGCCUCUCUACCACAGAGUCACCGGUCCGGCCCACCACAGGGGUCGGGCGGCGAACGUCCGUCCUCUUCAAAAAAGCAAAAAAUGGAGCAAAGCUCCAACGUGAGAGAGACAAUCAGAUGCAGAACGGAAACAGGGAGGAGCCCAUCAGCACUGACCCAGACCCUGCACGCACACCAAACUGCAUCACCACCAUCAAGACUGAAACUUCAGCCCAGCCAAAACCUUCAACACCUCCACCCAUAUCAACCCUGGCCAAACAGAGAGCGAGAAGUCGCAGCUGUAGUCCAGAGCGCGAGAGAACGCCCCCUCGACUCACUUUAGAGCCUGCUCUUACAAAUGGAUUCAGAAAGCACAAAGAUGGCGGCUCUGACUCAGAAUGCAGCUCCUCUCCGACUCUCAGAGAACUUGUCUCACCUCCUAAAAAGAGCAGAGGGAAACCUGCUUUGUCCAAAGUACCAUUCUUAGAAACUGUUAACGGAGAUUGUGACUACACUGGGACUGAUGUGCUGUCGAACGGGGAUGCGCCUGAACCUGAACCUCUGGAUUUGGUGUGGGCCAAAAGCAGAGGAUAUCCAUCCUAUCCUGCUCUGAUCAUAGAUCCAGACAUGCCUCAGGAGGGUCUGCUGCAUAAUGGCGUACCCAUCCCUGUACCUCCGCUCGACGUACUGCGCCUGGGCGACCAGAGACAGGAAGAAGCCGGCGAGAGACUCUUCCUGGUUCUCUUCUUCGACAACAAACGCACCUGGCAGUGGCUGCCACGAGAUAAGGUGAUCCCUCUUGGCGUUGACGAUACGGCAGAUAAACUGCGUAUGAUGGAGGGCAAGAAAACCAGUAUCCGGAAGUCUGUGCAGGUGGCCUACGACCGAGCUAUGAUCCAUCUGAGCCGAGUUCGAGGAGAUCAUGGUUUUGUCGGCUCAAACUUCAUGUAGAACAGAAAUGCCAACCACAUCUGUCCUCACGUACCAUUCACAUGGGCUUUCUAAGGCAGGCUCAGAGCCAUUUUGGUUAGUGCACCAGGUACUAGACUCCUGAUCAGUCAGUUUAGUUUAUCCAUGUAAUCCAGACACAACGCUCUGCAAUGGUUUAGUACCGGAGUCAUUUCAGAUUCAGUCCAGUUUUUUUCUUUCUCCAGGUUUAGGAUGUUUCCUAGGACAAGGGGUCACGAAAGGGCGGCGGUUUCUAUGAUGAUUUGUGUUUUUAUGAGGUGUCACUUUAUGGUGAUGAGUCUAAACCACCCAGACCCAUAGUUUUAGCAUUUGGGUACAUUCAGAGCAAUUAAUUUCUGAAUAAUGAAUAAUUUUAAAUGAUUCAAUGAAUGAACUUAAAGAAUAUAAACGUUUGAAUGAAUCACUGCCAUUUUCUUAAGAUAGCUUUUUACUUUUUAAAGUUUUACAAACCACUUCUUGUAUAUUGUAAAGACACUUGUGUAUAUAGGUAUGUUUUUUUUAUCAUAUAGUAUCUAAUUUAAUGUUUUUUUUUUCUUCUCUUUAUUGUGAAAUAAAUUGCCUGGAGGAAUGAAGAAAUGAAGGUUGUGUAUAUACGUGUAAAAAGAUUUUCAGAUGAACUGACUUCCUACAUAGUGUACCCUGCUUGUCUUUGAUAUCAGAUAGUGUGAGUGUGUUCAUAUAUAUGUACAUUACCGGCAUACAAUCAUGUAUGUAUGUGUAUAUGUACCAACUCACAGUUGUCUAUGGUUAAAUAUAUAUUCUCAUUUUUUGAUACAAAAAAGUAAUUUAUUUAUGGACCGUAAAGAGAUAAAGGAAUUAAAUUAUAUUGGUUCAAGAUGGAAAUCAGAUCUCUUAUUUAAGAUGAUAAACUAUUGAAUAGGCUUUUAAGAUCUUCACAUGUGCUUUCAGAUUCUGGUUUAGUUCUUUUUAAGAUUUCAAGGUGGAAUGCUGGAUGGUUAAUGAUCAUGUAUUGUACACUUGCUGUUAGACAGUAAAAAUCCCUUUUCACCAUCAAGCACAGAACCUUGUAUUUAUUGUAGAAAGUUGUGUAGCUUUUGUUCACUGUUUAUAAGAUGGAAAAAUUUUAAGCUUGUAUAAACUGCAGAUUUUACCUACCCACCAAAUAACCUGUCUCAAACAGUAUUUUCUCAUGUGGGAAAAUAAAUGUUCUAUUGAAAGUCUA